AUGGAUAUUAUUCUUCCAUCAUUAUACUUUCAAAUCGAGGAGUUUAUUUUAAAAGUUGCAGCUGUGCAAGAGGCCAAGCAUUUGGCUGGAGGGUCAUUCAAAACUAACGCCCCUGAGGCUAUUUUGCAUGAAGUCUUCGGUGGAAGUAAUUCCAGAUAUGCUGGUGUCUUUGCUGAGUCCAUUGAAGAUAGUAAGGAAGGUACCAUGGCUGCUGUUAACAAGAGGAAAUGCAUGUGGGAAAGUGUUGGGACUGCUACUGCGCCGAAUGGUUUAGAUGCAACUGAUGAAGAUAGUUCUGGUGUUCGUUUUGUUCCUCAAUGGAAUCUGGGCGAUUGUGCAAGGUUAUAUGUUUUCUUAGUUGUCGAGGAAUACAUUCGUCAUGCAUUUCCUCCUGGCAUUAUUGUUGAUAUGGAAAGCCAUUCAUUGGCGGAUUUCAUCGGCCCUCUUUAG